AGCGACAGCGUCUCCUGUCACUACAACAGCCAAACGGAAUCUGCCCUCCCCAUCCCUAACUACAGGGAUCCAGAGAGGGUGCAUCCAUAUCAUACAGAAGAAACAGACUAAUGACUGUAGAGUGGAAAAUAUGAAAAUUAUAGGAGUGUCAUAACGUUUUUCAUUCUAGUAGGCUAGAAUUAAUUCCGGAAGUAUAGGUGCUGCGUUGGUUCACUAUCAAAGUCGACCAUUUCGAGGAUAAAUCAGGCAGCGCGAUCGAGCAGUAGGCUAUCAUCCUCAUCGUCACCAUCUGAGAGGCUAGCCUACCAUAUCAAUGGCAUUACCGCUGUAAUUGCCCUCUCGGAUGCGUAGACAUCUCUAUCUAUGGGUCUGUAAUUAAAAGAUUGCAGCAACUGUUGUUUUGAAUUCUGGUCUGUUAUUCUCAAAUUUCAGUGCACCAUAUUUUCAACGCAAAGAUAAAAGACACAGAAGAGAAAUGCUGAUGGAUAUCAAAUGAAGAUGUGAUGUAUCGCUGUUUUGGGUGGCUGUAUUUACAGCUAUACUUAACAUGCAAAUUCACUGGAUUGUAAAUUGGAUCCACUCUGGGUGGACGUUGGGUGCAAUGGGGUGGAUCAUUCUUGAUGGAUCAAUUCGAAACAUUACCGAGGAGGAAUAGACAAAAAAUUAUAAUCAUGAUCUGACCGCUGGGAUGCUACUUAAGAACAAUAAAAAAACGAUAUAAUCACACGUCUUCACCUAACUUCCAUUAUAUCGUUUUGUCGGCAACCUUUUGGAUUAUGAUUCUUGACAACAGUCUCAGAUAUGACUGUGUGGCUGGAAAUGGAAUGUUGUUGUUUUUUACACCUCGUUCUACAUUCUAUUAUGGCUCUACGUCACCUCGUUCUACAUUUUAUUAUGGCUCUACGUUGCUCUCUCUUCCACUAGUCACACUCUGGCUGUCUUCUGCUUUGGGUAGCAAAACAUGGAUUUUUGCUGCAAACCCCAACUGCAAUGCAUUUGACGUUGUGUAGAAUUAAGAUCGAUAGUGCAGGCAAUGGACUCUGAAAUUGUACGUUAUAGGCCUGUCACGUAUUUGUGGUGGUAGGUGUGGAGGAAACAUAUAACUAGGCUGCAUUCGCAGAGUUGUUCGGUAAUGAAUAUUGAGUGUCUUGAGCUUCUUAAGAGGAAAAUCUCUCUUCCGCAUUGUUUUAGAAACACAUGCCAUCAGAGAGACAACAACCAAGACGUGGUCCUUUAUUUCUUACCAUUUGACAGCAUAUUUACAGUAGGGUAGGCCUAACCUACAGGUUUUUUAAGCUUAUCAGUGAUGUUAUUCAGAAGAUGUAUUGGUGAAAAAUAGCCAUAGCCUAUGUAGUACAAUAAUUGGCUAAAAAUAAUAACAACAAUAAUAAUACCAAUAAUAAUAAUAAUAAGUAUAAUAAUAAUAAUAAUAAUAACAAUAAUAACAUUUCUAAAUCAAAUACAUAUUUUCUCUUUUCUUGAUGACACCUUAUUGUCAAAUAGGUUUCAUUCCCUUCUGAAGAAUUAAUGUAGUCAAAAAUGUUCAAAUAUCGGAUCCGAAUGUUUUUCAAUGAACUGAAAGUACUGGUUUUUAUGCGAGACAAUUCGAGACAGCCCGACAGAUCCGACGCAGAUAGAGGGUCCAGCAUGCGGGGUCUAGGGAUGGGCGGCUGCGGCUGGCCUCCCUUUGUGGACUGCUCCUCCCGGGAUGACGAGGAGGAGUAUUACGGGACGGAACCUCGACCUCGGAGCCUGGGCUUUGAGGAGAAGGGCCCCAAACUGCAAGUAGGCAUGGACGCCGUGUCGCUCACCAGCACCGCAAGCAGCCUGCGCUGUCGUAUCUGCUUCCAGGGCCCAGAACAGGGAGAGCUGCUGAGCCCGUGUCGUUGUAAGGGCUCUGUGCGCUGCACCCACCAGCCCUGCCUCAUCCGCUGGAUCAGCGAGAGAGGCUCCUGGAGCUGUGAGCUGUGUUACUUCAAGUACCAUGUUCUGGCCAUCAGCACCAAGAACCCACUGCAGUGGCAGGCCAUCUCCCUGACAGUGAUUGAGAAGGUCCAGAUCGCUGCCAUCAUCCUGGGCUCCCUGUUCCUCAUCGCCAGCAUCUCCUGGCUCAUCUGGUCCUCCCUCAGCCCCUCGGCCAAGUGGCAGCGCCAGGACCUGCUCUUCCAGAUCUGCUACGGCAUGUAUGGCUUUAUGGACAUUGUGUGCAUAGGCCUUAUAAUCCACGAGGGCUCAUCAGUGUACCGAAUAUUCAAGCGCUGGCAGGCCGUCAAUCAGCAGUGGAAAGUAUUGAACUAUAUAAAAGCCAAUGACUUGGGGGACCCGCUGAGUAGCAGUAAGGGUGGGGGUCGGGGCUCACGGAGUAACUCCCAUGGCCUGGGUAGUGGCGGCAGUGGGAGACGGAACCGGAGGUUCAGGACUAUUCUAGACCACCACUGUGGCUACACAAUCCUGCACAUCCUCAGCCAGCUACGGCCCCACAACCCACGCUUUGGCUCCACAGCCAACCGGGAGGUGGUGAUGAGGGUGACAACGGUAUGAGACUGAACGUGGAAGGGCUGGAAGAAAAGACUAAAGCUGGGUAUCCUGUUUUCUUUUUUAAUCUGGUCGGUUCUUUCAAGUGAUUCUGUCAACACCAUUGAGGAACUGGAUUUCGAUACCCAGCCCAGGGAAGGACAUGUACAGACAAGACAAUGUCUGGCACUGCAGUCAAGCUACUAUGAUAUUGUAACGACCUUUGCCUUGGUAGGCUCAUUAUGAUCCCUCCCAAGUGGGUUAAUCCUACUGGAGCAGUGGUUAGCGAGUUUACCUAAGGGCUGGGCGACCCGGGUUCGCGACAAUAUGUUGGAUGUUUGGGAAUGCCCUGAAACAACAAUAAACUGAACUAUGAGGAUCUUUCCAGGAGUUUGUUUAGAGAUGCACAUUUGUAAUAAUUGAAAAACUGAUAUUAUGAACAACGUAAAACAUGCAAGGCUUUAUAACAACGUAAUCCAAGGUGACAACAGAUAUUUUUCGGCCCGAUUUCAGGAUGCACAAAUAAAUAAAUGUUUGUUUUAGUUUUAUUUUCUCCUGCGUUUUUUUGGUAUGAUUUCUUUUUUACUCAUUUAGAAUUUUUUAAAGGGAGUAUGAUUUAAGGAGAUACCUGAAACUCCUUAUGCCACGCCAAGCAUUUUCAAACAACUGAAUAAUUCUUAUUUAUCGAGUUUUGCAGUACUGAAAUAUUGCUGUAGCUAACAAUGAUUAGGCUACAGACCGGAGGACAACGAACACAUCAUAUCUAAGAUAUCAUAUGAAAACAGCAGUUAUUACUGCAAACAAUAAAUACAGGGAUCAAGGGAUAUACUACAAAAUGAAAAUAAUGAAUUUAGUAACAUUCAAAUGACUCCUAGUCCUAUCUUCUCUGCAAUAAAGAUAUCUGUACAUUUCACGGUGAAUUUUGCAUGGGUAUAUAAUUUUUUAUGCAGCAUCAUCAUCAUGUAACAUUUAAGCACUUCUACAAAUUUGCUCUAUUCAGAAUGGUGCUUUUUCAGAAGAGCUUUUAUUCAUCUGGUUUCAUUGCACCAAACUGUUUUUUGAAUCUGUCAAAUGGCAGUGUGUUAUUUCAGCUAAAACAGAGAUGACUAACUCGCUGCUGUGUGCUGACGAUUCAGAUUUGAUAAAAAGUAAAGCGUUGGAUUAAAGAUGGAGAUCUAUGUAAUCUCUUGCUAUUCACUAUUUCA